CAGAAGCUGAAUUAUGCCGGCGGUGUCUGGAGAAGCCGUGCAGCACAAGAGGCGAGAGCUCAGCAGCAUCCACGAGGCGGUGAGGUGCGGACAUGUUGAAGAGCUAGCGGCACUGGUGAAGAACGGGAGUAGCGUGAAUGACGUGGACCCGGUCCAUAGGUUUACUCCGCUGCACUGGGCCGCACACUCCGGGAGUCUGGAGUGUCUUCAUUGGCUGUUAUGGCAUGGAGCUGACAUCACCGACGUUACCACCAGAAGGUGGACGGCAGCUCACUUAGCUGCCAUAAAAGGCCAAGACGCCUGCAUGCAGGCCCUGAUACUCAGCGGAGCAGACUUGUCAGCUAAAGACGACCGUCAGUGCACUGCUGCACACCUGGCCGCGUCCCAUGGACACUCAUUCACUCUACAGAGCAUUCUGCGUAGUGGAGCGGAUACAAGCAGCCCUGAUAUUAAUGGCUGGACACCGGUUCAUUACGCUGCAUUUCAUGGUCGACUUGGCUGUUUACAACUUCUUGUGAGGUGGGGGGCUACUGUAGUAGAAAUCGAUCAAAAUGGAAACUCGCCAGUGCACCUUGCAGCCAUGGAGGGACACCUGCACUGCCUAAAAUUUCUGCUCAGUAAAGUCACCAGCUUCACUCUUGCCCUGGAGGCUGUGAACAAUAAGGGAGAGACGGCAAAGGACCUGGCGAGAAGGUUUUAUAAGGAGAGGAUCAUUCAGUAUAUAGACAGUGUGGGAUAUGAGAGGGACCAUCCAGAGGAGAGUGAGGAUUUGUCAUUUCCCGCUCAUGUUGCGGCCUUCAAAGGUGAUCUGGUGACCCUUCGAAAACUGGUAGAGAGUGGAAUCAUAAAUGUCAAUGAACGGGAUGACAAAGGUUCUACCCCCUUACACAAAGCUGCAGGCCAUGGUCAGGUGGAGUGCAUACAGUGGCUUCUGGAGAUGGGGGCGGACUACAACAUCACCAACGAUGCUGGGGAGACCCCAAAAGAUGUUGGUAAAAGGUUUGCACAGCUAGCUGCUGUAAAGCUCCUAGGGGGAGGAACAGAUGAAGAUUCAGAGGAAGAGAUAAGUGAGGAUGAUCCUUUGUUCUUCGAGAGGCACGGAGUGGAAGGAAGCACCGACCACCAAGACAACGUACAUCUGAGCGCAGCACAGAGGAAGGCGGCCCGCAUGAGAGCCCACGACAAAAUGAAGGAACUCGAGAAGCUACUGGAGAUCGCGAAAAGCAAUUUUAAGCAUCUUGGUGGCAUCCUGGAAGAAGAAAACCAGAGGAAGAAGGAGCAGAAAGAAUCAAAGAAGAAGAUCAGAGACUUGGAGGAGCAGCUGGAGUAUGAGCGCCUGCGCAGGGAGAAGAUGGAGGUCCAGCUGGAUGACUACAGGGUGCAGAUCUCUCAGCUCAGCAGCUGCCUUGAGCAGAUGAAGCCUUCCUCCAGAUCUGGGAAACUGUCUGAGGCGUAUAAGGAGAAGAAAAGCGCGAAGAAGAAACCGGUUCAGCAGACAAACCCUGGGGGCGUCUUUGUGAGGCGGUGAAGAGAAGAGUAAAGCAAAGCAUCGGCCUGCAUCUGUAUAUAGUGAAAAAGACAAACACUUCUGGGGGUUUUAGGAUUUUAUAUUUUCAUGAAAAAUUCAGGCCGUGAUUGAAAAUUAGGUAUUCGUUCAGAUUACAGACAAUCGUGAUUGCCCGCAGUGGUGACGUGUCCCUCACGUGAUACAUGUUUGUGAGACACCAAAAAGUUGGGGAGAGACAUAAAAAAUAAAAAAAAAUUAAAAGGGGAAAUCCGUUCACAAUGACUAUGAACCUAGAUAAAGGCGAGAGGUUGACACUGGUGAAGUCUCUGAUCGUCCUGACUGAAAGGAGCUAUAGUGGGAUCGAACCUCUUUGGCGCUGCUCAGAGACUUCUGUAGAUCUAACACAAUGGGGCACAUUUAGGCUUAUUGCUCCGUGGUCGUAUUGCGGACCUGCAAUACACAGGCACCGUGUUCCGUGUGCAUUCCUCAUCACAGAUGUGGACCU